UUCAUUUUAUUUUCAUUAUUCAUAUCCUUUUUUUGUUAUGUAAGAACACUUCUUCAUUUUGCCCUACGGGUAUGCAAGUGUUUGCUGAAACAUUUAAAAAAAAAUCUUUUAUUAAUCAUUCAUAAAUGAUAAUUGUCUGGUGAAGAGGGGGCAUGGUGGCUUAAUGGUUAGCACAUUUGCCUCGACCUCCAGGGUUGGGGGUUUGAAUCCCACCUGUGUGUGCUUCGGGGGUUUCCUCCACAUACUCCGGUUUCCUCUCCCAGUCCAAAAACAUGCGUUGUAGGCAGAUUGGCAUUUCCAAAAUGUCCAGAGUGUGUGGUGUGUCCCUGUGUAGGAUAAGCGGCAUGGAAAAAGGAUGGAUGGAUGUCUUGUGAAGGUGCUGAUGAUGCUCCAGCACACAGUGCAGCUGUAGUGAGCCGCCAGUCCUCCAGAGGGCGCUGUUAGCAAAGACACGUCAUAACGCAGGCGGAAGUUGUCAAAACUCUACGGUGUUGGAGCAUCGAACGUUCAAAACAGUGCUUUAUUUUGAAGCUAUGAGCCGUAAAAGAAACCAUAGUUUUAUUGAAACGGGGCAGUUGUCUGACUCUCAGGCUGCACUGAUGGAAAGCACAGGGCCCUCUGCUCGAGCGGAGGAGAGUUUCUGCGAGCUGGAGCUUGAUGAGGAGUUGGUGUGUUCAGUGAGUGAGAUCACCGAGCACCUCGGCAGGAACAUCACCGUGGCGCUGGAGGAGGCCCUGUCCGAAAUCCGCAAAGUAGUGAGCGCACGGACCAGGCUCCUGAAAAUGGAGCUGAGGGAGAAGACCGAUGAGAUCGAGCUGCUCAAAGCCCGGCUAGAGUGUGUCGCGAGUGAACCGGCCAACAGGAAAGCCGACUUCGUCCAGGCGCCGCAGAAGAGCAGCAACACUGAGCCAAAGAAAGCCAAAGCGGCCGCUCCCGCUGUCAAGAAGGAGAACAUCGACGCCAUCUGCGAUUACCUGAUGAAGGACAAGAACUCUCGCGGAGGAGGUGCUGAUGUGGAGGGCGAGCGGCAGCACCAGGCCUCUCUCAGCCCCUGGACAGAGAGCGAGGACAUCUUCAGCAUGCUGCCCUCCGCCAGCAAGAGACUCUACGAUUAUGAGUGGAUGUCUGGAGUGGAGCUCAACUCCACCUCUGAGUAUAAAGGUGAAUCUGAGUCCAAGUGUGAGAAUGCUGCAAGACCAUCGGCUGAAGAAGAGUCUGAAGAAGGGCGAGGGAUGGGGCCGGUCUCUGACGAUUCCUCUGCUCCAUUUGCCCUGGAUGCUCACGGCUCACCAGAGGAGGACAACAGCAGCCCAGUGGAGGACAGUAUUGACCGAUUAGAUCCAGACCAGCACUUCUCUGCCCCAACCUUCAUCUGCCCCUUCUGUGGAACCCUCUGCCCUGACUCUUCGUUCCUGGAGGAGCACAUGAAGCUGAUGCACCGAGAAGAGAGCGCUCAGGCUGCUCAGUCCGGCUCCUCUUCCAGUGGAGGUCAGGGCAGCGAGGGAGAGCUGUGGCGGAAGGCAAGCUCUAGCGAAUCCCAAGCUCGUGAGAAGAAGGUGGAAGGUGGCUACGAGUGCGGAGACUGCGGCCGCCGCUUCAACUACCUGGGCAACCUGAGGCAGCACCGGCGCAUCCACACGGGUGAAAAGCCGUUUGUGUGCUCUGAAUGCGGUGAGAGAUUCCGGCACGCUGCUCGCCUCAAGAGCCAUCGGCUCAGCCACAGCGGCGCACAGAGUCCCUUCCCGUGCCCGCAGUGUGGUAAGGGCUUUCCUGUGCUCUCCGGUCUUAAACGACAUCAGCGUGUGCACACUGGCGAAAGCCCUUACGCGUGCCCCCAGUGUGGCCGGCGUUUCAAAGAGCUCGGCAACCUGUACACACACAUGCGCAUUCACAGUGGCGCCACCCCCUACACCUGCUACCAGUGUGGCCGAAGUUUCAGACAUUUAGGGACUUACAAAAGCCAUCGCUGCACCCCCAUUACACAAGUACCUAGUGCACAUGGUCCAGCGUGGCCUCAAGAGGACAAAGUCCAAACUGGAUAAAUUGAGUUCUGCUAGCUUGUUGAUUUAAGGCACUGUAGUGCUAUGUUUCUUCUUCAGCAAAUAUUUGUUUGAGGAAUAUCAAACCUCAGUGGCGAGGAUGCGAAAUGUUCUGGACAGAGAUAGGACACUUAAAAAAGGAAAGAAAGAUGUUCUGCAAUCUUAUUUUUGGUUCAGGUAUGCUGAAACCUUCAGUAGGACAGAUGAUAUAAAGAAUCUGAUUAAAUCAGGUCCUAAAUCAGAUGUUAAUCUCGAGCGGAUGGGUUUGAUGUAAACCAGGAGAUGUCUUGAAGUGAGCAGAAAUUAGCACAUGCUGCUUUAACCCAGGUUUGUUUUGGGAAAAUAAGACAUACAGCAUUAAAAUAUUCUCACAAUUAAUAUGGACUGUGUUUCCAAAACAAGAGCAUGCAUGUUGAUUUGUGAGAGUAAUAUUUACUACACAGCUGUUGAAAUAUUUUUUAAAUGUGUUUUUGUUUUGUUUUUUUAAAGAACCGUUAUUUUAGUUCACAACAAGCUUCGGUUUUGCAAACAGCCUGAGUUUAAAAGCAUCUGAGCCUUUUGUGCUUUAGAUAUCCUUGUAAGAGCAAUGCUGCUGUUGCCCUCUGGAUGAUGUGUUACUGUAUCGACUGCUUCAGUAGUUGUAUAGGGAAUAUCCUAAACUGCCUAUUUGUGUUCUAGUUUACUAAUUUAUCAUGUAAUUGACACUAUUAACAGUUACUUUGGAGUUAUUUAAAUAUGUCCACUCUUCUAAUAUCUAAGAAAAGUCUAUUAUGUGCAAAAACUAUGGAAAGCAAAACAAAAACUUGCCUUUUUUUUUUUUUUUUUUUUUUUUUUUUUUUUUUUUAAAUUAAAUAUAAAGACUGUUGUGUAGGUAUUUUACAUGGUAAGAUGAGAGUCAGCAAUUAAGUUGUUGUGAUAUCAAUUGCAUCAUAGGACUUUUAUUGAAAAUUAUACCCAAUGUACAAAAAAAAAAAAAAAAAAAGGAUGACUGUUAGAUAAGGUGAUACAGACUGUCCGUUAUCAAAUACCAUUGGACUGGUCUUUACCAGUUACUGCCAACGUAGUUGUAACCCUAAUUAAUAAACAUUAUAUGAUCUGAAACAUGAAUCCUCUAUUACUUCAUAAAUUUGAACGUUAGCUAGGCCAAGUGCCGAAGUAACUGUGAAAAAGCUGAGAGAUCCACUGCUCAGGACAGCCACAGCCUGAACAUUCCACAAAGCUGGCCUUUAAGCAACAGUGGCAAGCCAUAUGAAAUCCCUUUAAGAGUUUGCCUCAAAUCAGGUUGGAGACUCGGUAAACAUGGAAAAAGUUUCUAUGGUACGAUGAAACCAAAACUGUGCUUUUUGGCCUUUGGCAAAAAGUGCUACAUUUGGAGGAAACCCAAUACUGAGAACACCACCUCCACAGUGAAGCAUGGUGCUAGUAGCAUCAUAUCAUUUUGAGAGUAAGCCUUGGUCUCUUGGUUCCUUCUGGACUAAUGCCCUCCUUACCUGGUCACUGACUUUUUGAUGGAUAGCUCCCUCUAGGCAAUAUUGUUAUGCAAAAUAUUCUUUAAGUUCUUUCACUAGGUUGUGGAGGCAUUAUGUUUUCAGGUCAUCUGUGCAUCUGCCUGUCCGUACAAGAUUCUCGAUAUCUCAAGAACAAGUAAUUGAAUGUUUGUAGGAUUUAUAUGGAAUUAUCAUUAUAAAUAGUAGAUGAACUAAUUAGAUUUUUUUUCUCAUUCAUGUAUAGGAACACAAGGCCCAUUUUCUGGCUAUCGAAGAUUUUUGACAUUUGUCUGUUUGUUAGUAACAAGAAGGACUAGACUUGUUGGCAGUGAAGACGUCCCUGCCAAGGCUGUUGGCAUUGCAGCUCUACUUCAUCUCAAGAUGUUCAAAGUUUGGGAAAUUUUUGAAUAACUAAAUCCAGGUUUAUGCUUUUCCAGAAAUUUGUCUCAGACUUUAUUUGAGAGUUCCAUGGUCUUCUUUGUGCUGUGUGGUUAGGUAUGUUCUCUAAUAAACUCUGGGGCCUUCUAAGUAGAUGUGAUUUUAUCAGAUUGACUCCAUUUGACUAAAUAUGUGACUUAUGGUUGAACCAGAACUACUUAAUGGGUUUUACCAUGAAGUAAUGGGGGUAAAUACUUAUGCAACCACAAUUUUUUCUUUGUAAAUACUUAUGUAAACUAUGUUGUUUUUACACCUACAUGAAUAUUUUGAACUAUUUAUUAUGUUGAUUCAUGACCGCUCCUAGGUCUCUGUGGUCUUCUGAUCAGUCACUCCUGGCUGAUUCACCGUCUCGGUUGAGGCUGACGUGUGAUGGUGACUUUGCCGUUACUGCGAUAUGGCUAAGGAUCAGCCUACCCCUAGUCAUCAGGAGGGCCUCCUCAGUUACCAUUUUCAAAUCAAAACUAAAACAUAUCUUUUCACACUUGCAUUUUGAAUUUUCCCUAUUUAUUUAUUUAUUUAUUUAUUUAUUUAUUGUUAUUACUAUUUCAUCUCUUAGCAUUAUUCUUUAUUUAUUGUGCCCUCUUGCGUUUUUAGUCUCGGUUUUAUUCUUAAGUAUUUUAAAUGUGCUUUAUCAAUAAAACUUACUUAGUUAUUUACUAUAUAAUCCUGAUUAAAUCCAGUGCAGUUCCAGGUCGUAAUACUACAAAAUGUAGAAAGGUUCAAGGGGUGUGAAUACUAAUGCAAGGCACAGUGUCUUGUGCGUAGUAUGACACAUUGGUGUGCUCCAAUCAGAAAAUCCGAAUCAAUAAAUAAUCCCUUAUUUAGCAGAGAUCUAAAGGAGUUUAAUCAUAAUAAUACAUUUGAGUGGCUCUGGCUGAAAUAGUGAAUGUUUUCCUUCAUAUCUUUUGCUUGUAUUUUUCUCAUUUGUAAGUCGCUUUGGAUAAAAGCAUCUGCUAAGUGAAUAAACGUAAAUGUAAAUAUCUAUUACUUUGCCUUUAUUACCCUCUUAAAAGAGUGGCUCUAUAACUAAGAGCAAAAAAGACUAUGAUUAUGGUCAUAAAUUUAGAACAAGAAUGUUCCUGAUAUGGCUGCAAUCGUGUGAAGAAAAAUUCAGGUGCAGAUAAUGAUUUCUCACCAAGACAUGGGCCGACACACACAUGCUGAGGGUGAUGAUGUGAAGAGUUUUGCAGUGUGAAUGUGUUUCUGUUCACUACUGUAGCAACCACUGAAGUGAUGAAAACAUAGCAGCUCAAUCUGGACUGCAUCAGGAUAGAUGAAAAGAGAGAGAGAGCACAAAGGGUUUAAGAGAGAAUGCAGAUAAUCCUACUGUUGCUAUAAAAGCUAUGAUAACCAUGCAUAUGCCUAUUUCUAACAAAAUUACUGACCCUUUUGUUUAUUUCUUUAGUGUUUUUGGUGAAUGGCAGUAACAUCUUUAUUUAAUAUACUGUAUAACAGAGCUAGAAGCUGGUUGGUUUGUAUUAAUCAAAACAAAAACAGUCUAUUGUCAACAAUGUGGAAUCAUUAUACAGAAUAAAUACUACAAUGUUUCACAGUUGGGAUUAGAGUCAUAUGCUGGGAUGCAGUGUUUUCCUUUCUCCAAACAUAACCCUUCUCAUUUAAACCAAAAAUUCUAUUUUGGUCUCAUCCAUCCACAAAACAUUUUUCCAAUAGCCUUCUGGCUUGUCAAUGUGAUCUUUGCAAAUGCAGAAGGGCAGCAAUGUUCUUUUUGGUAGAGCAGUAGCUUUCCUCUUGCAAUCCUGUCAUGCACAACAUUGUUGUUCAGAGUUCUCCUGAUGGUAGACUCAUGAACAUUAAUAUUAGCCAAUGUGAGAGAGACCUUUUAUUGCUUAGUUGGUCGACCACUCCCGAGGAGGGUAACAGUGUUCUUGAAUUUCCUCUAUUUGUACACAAUCUGUCUGACUGUAGAUUGGUGGAGUCCAAACAAUUUAGUGAUGGUUUUUGAACCUUUUCCAGCCUGAUGAGCAUCAACAACUGUGCUGUGAAGAUCAGACUUUGAAAGAUCCCUGUUCUUUAAAUAAUAAAGGGUGAUUCACUCACACCUGAUUGUCAUUCCAUUGACUGAAAACACCUGACUCUAACUUCACCUUCAAAUUAACUGCUAAUCUUAGAGGAUCACAUACUGUUGCCACUCACAGAUAUGUAGUAUUGGAUCAUUUCCCUCAAUUAAUAAAUGACGAAGAAUAA